GCUUCGCUCUUCGCCUCCUUUAAACUUUCGACUCCGCCGGCGGCCCACCGCCUCUGCUCCAUUUUCUCUCCAGCUGAUCCGCCGCCGGCAAGUCGGCCACGGUCUCCCUCCCUCCGUCCCUGCCUCCCUCUCCCUCUCUCUACCGUACGAAGAGACCUCCCUCGUUCCCGGCGACCUUCUCCCUGGAAUGAAGUGAGGCAUGGCGAGCGAGCCGCUGCUUCGCGAGCGCCCAUGGCUGCCCACCUCCCCAAGAACCCGCCGCUCUCCCCGAAGCGCCUCCUCCAGCGCCUCAAGGCCGAGAGGAGCCCCCUCGCCGCCCUCGCCCUCCUCCUCGACUCGCCCGCCCCCUCCCGCUCCCACGUCUUCCACCACGUGCUCCGCCGCCUCGUCGGCCCCGGGCCCGCCGCCGCCGCCGUCCCCGUCCAUGUCGGCCGCGUCGUCCAGCUCAUCCGGGCCCAGGGCUGCCGGUGCCCCGAGGACGUCGCCCUCACCGUCAUCAAAGGGUACGCCAAGAGCGCGAUGCCCGACCAGGCGCUGGACGUGUUCCGGAACAUGGGGGAGAUCUUCGGGUGCGAGCCCGGGAUAAGGUCGUAUAACUCGUUGCUGAACGCGUUCGUCGAGUCGGGUCAGUGGGAUCGGGCCGAGUCGUUCUUCGCCUACUUCGAAACGGCGGGGUUGGCGCCAAAUCUGCAGACGUAUAACGUUUUGAUCAAGAUAUCGUGCAAGAAGAGGAAUUUUGAGAAGGCCAAGGAGCUUUUGAAGUGGAUGUGGGACAACCAUUUGAAGCCUAAUUUGUAUAGUUACGGGACCGUGCUCAAUGCACUCGCAAAGAGUGGGGACUUAUUGGGUGCGUAUGAACUGUUUGAUGAAAUGUCUGAGAGAGGUGUUAUGCCUGAUGUCACGUCUUAUAACAUUUUGAUUGAUGGGUUCUUUAGGAAGAGAGAUUAUGUGAAGGCCUGUGAAGUCUGGGAGAGGUUGGUGAAAUCACCUUCUGUAUAUCCAAAUGUUGUGACUUACAAUGUGAUGAUUAAUGGCUUCUGUAAAUGCGGCAAGUUUAGCGAGAGUUUGGAAGUAUGGAAGAGGAUGAAGGGAAAUAAAAGAGAGAUGGAUUUGUUCACUUACAGUAAUGUAAUACAUGCGUUCUGUGAGUCGGGAAAUGUAGAUGCUGCUGAGAAAGUGUACAAGGAGAUGGUUGCCAGUGGGCUGUCUCCUGAUGUGGUUGUGUACAACACAAUGCUCAAUGGGUUUUGUCGAGCGGGGAAGGUUAUUGAGUCCUUUGAGUUGUGGAAGGUAAUGGAGAAGGAUGGCUGUCGUAAUAUCCGUAGUUAUAACACAUUCAUCAGUGGCUUGUUAGAGAAUGGGAAGGUGGAUGAAGCAAUUUUGAUGUGGGAACAAUUGCAUUCUAGUGGAUGCUGUGCUGAUUCAACAACUUUUGUCAUGGUAAAAGGGAUGUGCAAGAAUGGAUACUUAAGUAAAGCUAUCAGACUCUUAGAAGGGGCAGAAGAUGAGAACAUUGAUUUAGAUAACUCUGCAUACUCAUCGAUGGUGAAUGGUUUGUGCAAGGAAGGAAGAUUGGAUGAAGCAGUCAGCUUUCUUGGUCAGCUGGGUAAACGUGGCCAUAAGCUGGAUCCACAUGUUUGCAACCCAUUGAUUGACGGAUUUGUUCACAACGGUAAAUUUCAAGAUGCGAUCCACCUUCUAAAAAUGAUGAACAGUAAUAGUUGUCCUCAAACCAUUGUCACCUACAACAUUCUAAUAAAGGGUUUAUGCAAGGCUGAACAGUUUGGUAAGGCUUAUGACGUAGUGAAGGAGAUGCUAGAAAAAGGGUGGAAGCCGGACAUGAUCACCUAUAGCUUGCUGAUGGAUGGCCUUUGCAAAGGCAAGAAGGUUGACAUGUCCCUUGAAUUGUGGAGACUGGUCCUAGCAAAGGGUUUAAAACCUGACAUAACUAUGCACAACAUUAUUAUUCAUGGGCUUUGCUCUGCAGGCAGAGUAGAAGCUGCCCUACAACUGUGUUCAAAGAUGAGGGAGCAGAACUGCUCUCCAAAUCUUGUCACCCUUAACACGUUGAUGGAGGGCUUUUACAAGUUGAGAGAUUGUGAAAAGGCCUCAGAAAUUUGGCACUGCAUCUUAAAGCAAGGGUUACGGCCAGAUAUUAUUUCUUACAAUAUUACUUUCAAAGGUCUUUGUAAUUGUGGAAAAACAUCAAAUGCUGUUAGUUUCCUAGAUGACGCUUUGGCUCAUGGAAUAGUACCUACCGCUAUUACCUGGAAUAUAUUAGUCAGAGCUAUAAUUAAAGAAGCAACUCGAUCUACCAUAUCAUAAUAUCAAGGAAAUAUCGGUGACUUUUUAUUUUGGAUUCUGGUACUUGUAUCCUCAUCAUUUGGUGGUUGAGAACAUGCAAGGUCUUUCAGCUAACCGGAUGCCUGAUGAUGAGGCACACGAUGGAUAGUUUCGCGAUAUGAUGCCAAAGUUCCUCCCACAUAAUGGGCUAAUUCUGCAUGGUGGGUUACAGACAUUUGCCUUUCUGGAAGGCACUGUGAACCACCCAUUCACUUAUCCUUAAAGUGGUGUCACCUUACCCAAACUUGAGUUCUUAUGGUAUGUAAUUCUUUUUUAUGAUUCAUUUGAUUAUAUUUGUAAUCAUGAGACUGCAUUUUUAGAAACUGUCAGCAUUAGUACUUAUGUCAGCGGAUGUUGGCUGCUUUCAUCUAUAAAAAAAUUCUGCUGUUUUCAAACCAAGAAUGGUUCUGAUCUAAAGGUAUGCCCUCCUCCUGCAGAAAAAAAGAUAUAUUGCCUUCUCUUUGUUUUUACUGAUUACGCCUUUGGCAUCUUAGAUUUUUCCAUGAUUUCUAAAUUUAGGGGGCUUCACUUUUAUCUUGCCUAUUUACUGAUUAGUCAAGGUCAAAUUGUAGUUGCAAUUCCAUGAGGAAGUUGAUACAAGUCAGUAAAGCAUCAGAGAUGGUAAUUAACUUACCAGUGUCUUGGUAAUUAGAGAUAUACUACUAAGACUGAAUACAAUGAUGCUAAAGCAAAAUGGAGCAUGAUGUAUCAACCCAAGAAAUAAGAUUAUACUUGGGGUUAUUUUGUCAUGCAAAAGAUAUAUUGCCUUCUCUUUGUUUUUACUGAUUACGCCUUUGACAUCUUAGAUUUUCGUUUUUACUCAUUAUGCCUUUGACAUCUUAGAUUUUUCCAUGAUUUCUAAAUUUAGGGGGCUUCACUUUGAUCUUGCCUAUUUACUUAGUCGAGGUCAAAUUGUAGUUGCAAUUCCAUGAGGAAGUUUAUACAAGUCAGUUAAGCAUCAGAGAUGGUAAUUAACUUACCAGUGUCUUGGUAAUUAGAGAUAUGCUACUAAGACUGAAUUCAAUGAUGCUAAAGCAAAAUGGAGCAUGAUGUAUCAACCCAAGAAAUAAGAUUAUACUUCGGGUUAUUUUGUCAUGCAACAGUCCUUUCCCCCUACACCCUAAAGAACAGCAUGAAAGUAUCAUAUAACCAAUUCUGUCUUUAUGAGAUUCUUUGGAGAGGGAAAAAAUGCCCCGUGUUGUCCCUGAUAUCUCUUGCUUUAGGCAAAUAUCGCAAAAGCUAAGAUGUGUACUUCCGGUCAAUUCAGGAUGAGAAGAAGGAAUCAACUUCAACCAUUGGCUUGCCCUUCAAGGUCUCAAUCUUAAACGCAAGGUACGAGUUCUGAUUUAUAUGCUCAUGUGUAUCAGGUGAUAGGGCAUUACUGCUUCUGUGUUUUACUUGGUCUUUGUUCUCUGCGUCAUUCUUAUCUCCACUCUAGGGAUCCUUUGUAGGAUUGCAAUCAAUUCUGCUAUUCACACACGACUUCGAGAAAUUGAUAUGCUCCUGGCUGUGCUUCAUCUUUUUCAAAGGACAUUAAAAUAUUAUUCAAAUUCUUCGUACCUGCAAUGGUCCUUUAACAUGCCAUCUUGACAAGUAGUAGAGCCUCACGGUUGGGACGUAGACUUACAAGUGGCGUGUUCACUUGGAGGUAGCACAAUGGCGGUAGUUGAGGAGCUUUUAAUUGCCAUGAAGCAUGCGAAGGAAGGCACAGCUGACAUUCAUAGGGGAAUUUUCAACAAGAAUCGUGCCGCCUUUGUUCUCCUAAGCUGUGAAGGAAGAUACAAAUACAAUGUACGAGGACUUCAGGCUGUUAAUUUGCAAUACUUGUAGAAUAAUAGAGCCUAGUUGAGUAAAAUAGUAGGUUCCCCUCUCUCUGGGAGAUCAAAAAAGUUCUAAAAAUGUAUACCAAAUGUGCAUAGUUGAUUAGGUGGGAUGGAGAGUAUUAGAAAUCUUUAACUUCUGGAAAAUUCAGAUUGUUUGAGAUGUGUAGUAGGUUCUGUAAUGAGAGUAAUGCUUAGAUUGUGGCCCCCACUGCAAAAUCUCAAUAGAAAUACUGCCUGUAAUACAAAAGAUAUCUUAAACAAGUGUUUUGUUUUAUGUUCUA